AUGCCAAGUGAUAUGACCAAUGUGCCUAGCACUGUACCCAUUUAUUAUUACGGAUUCCUCAACAACGCCUUCUACAACAUGCAUAAGAUUACUUCAAGCGGGAAUAUUAAACUAGAGUGCCCCCAAAACUUGAUUGUAAAUAUAACAAACGCUAGUUAUGGCGAUCCGCCAAUAAAUGUCACAAGCAGUAUAAAGUGCAACAAGAGAUUGUGUGUUAUUAAUUCUGGGGAUUACGUGAGGAAACCUUUCAAACAUUUAACUGUGGAGUUUGAGUGUGUAGCCAUGGAAUCCGUUAGAACGUUGUUCGAUGGCAACAAAUUCCACCCAGGAAUUACCAGGAAUUACUUAAUUUUGGAAAGGGAUUUUGACGGGCAAUCGCCAGAUUAUAGCGUGAUAAAUUCUAUAAACUUCUUGCUCAAAUAUCGCAAAUACCCUUAUCUUGUUUGGAAUGGCAAGGAUUGGGUUGGUGAAAAUGGUAAUUGGCAUGAUGAAAAGGCUACCACUCUAGUUAAUUACGAACAAUUGACUUUUUCUGGCUAUUCAGUCUUUCUGAACUAUGUGGCAAUUUGUAAUAAUGUGACUAAUUGUUAUGAGAUGGAUGACAUUUAUGCUGCUUAUUCAGAAUGCGAAACCAGCGACUGCUCAUUUUUCACUAUCAGCUUCGAGAAUCAAUUGUCUAUUAGUACUAAGAGGACGUGGCUCUGUAGGGGAUGGCCAACUAUCGUGCCCCUAAAGGGACACCUAGCCGCUGUAAAAUGCUCAGCUUUUGAUUCAAACAAUAUAAACACGCAUAUCGCAAACAACAACACUUUUAUGUAG